UGGGUAUUUUGGACCCUGGGGAUGCUUGGAAACCAUGUGCGCCUCGCCCACCUAAUGCGUGGGGCUUUUCCUGUCUGGUUCCAGGGACAAAACAGUCAUGGACAAAGGGGUCGCUGUAGGGGAUCUCAACACGCCACGUAAGUGAUUCUGCCGUAAGGAGGAAUGCAAAUAUUCAACGCUAUGGGAUCUUGAUGCACGAUUGCACCUCAUCACCUGCUGAUGUGAGCAUCCGAACAAUGCUGUCUGCCCGCAAGACUGCCAGCAAGUACUACCGAACAGUUUAUUAAAAUUGCCUUCGUCAAAAAUCCUACUCAUUUUAAAACUAAAUGUUUUCAACCCUGUCAUUUUAAAACACUUUAUUUGCAGUCAUUUUUGCGGUACGGAGCCCUGGGGCAUCGCUUAUCAGUGAUGGGGUGGGGGCGCGGGGGUAAAAUCCCCAGCCUUCAAAUCCCCAGCCUUCAGUCUGUGUGAAAAUAUUACAAAGUUCAACUGAAGAUAACAGGCGGCAGCACCAAGUGCAUAACCUCCAAACCUUCUCACUGUUGCUGCUGCUCAGCACAUUCUCCCACGAGAUGGAAACAGGAGCUGGAUGGUGAAUUGAGUUAAAGAUUAAGGUUCAGAGUGCUGAGACUGAAACCACGUGGGAGGAAGUGCAUGUUGACACAAAGACCGGUGAACAUGUGCUUGUGAGUUUUUCUGCUGCCGAGUGUUUUUAUGUGAGUGACCAUGCCGGAGCCGCAGAGCAAGUUUUCGGUGCGACGCUGCCUCACCUUUGCCACAGGCCUGCUGGAGUGUCUCUGUUUCGCUGGAGCUGUGUUUGGGUGGGCUGCCCUUGUUUUUGUCCUCAAAGAAGACCGUUACUUCAGCUUUCUGUGUGUUAACGGCACAGGCGUCAACGGCACGCAAACUCUCGACUGCAGUGCACAGGAUGAACAGUUCUCGCUCAUUUUCACCAUCGCCUCUUUUAUGAAUAACUUUCUGACGCUGCCCAAUGGUUUCCUGUUUGAUCGAUUUGGUACCACAGUGACUCGACUCUAUGGAAUAUUCCUUUACACCAUGGGCACCUUGAUGGUGGCUUUCUCCUCCUCAGCUCUGGCCUACCUGCUCUUUCCGGCUCUUUCUUUUCUGGCUGUUGGAGGCAUCUUACUUCUCAUGACAAACAUGCAGGUUGGAAACCUGUUUGGCUCCCGCCGUUCCACCAUUAUCACUCUCUACAACGGGGCAUUUGAUUCUUCCUCAGCGCUCUUCCUCAUCGUCAAGCUGUUGCAUGAGAUUGGUGUCUCUCUUCGUGCCGCCUUCCUCUUUCUGUCGGCCUGCAGCGUCAUCCACAUCCUCAGGACGUUCUUCCUGCUCCCCAGAAACCUUAUUCCUUACCCGCUGCCGGAUCGCUACACAUAUGGAGUCUCUUGUGGUAAAUCGGUGACUGCGAGCGCAGAGGUGGCAGCAAAUGGUGAGGCGCUUCCAGCAGCUGAAGAAACGCCUCUCACAAACAAUGCUCCUGUCAAACAAGGUCCAGUAUUUAACAAAAAACACAAAGACUAUUAUUUACAUAUCUCUUUUAUCUGGUGUAGAUUUAUUUCUUUUUGUUGUUUUACUGGAUUUAAUAACUUUGUGUCUCUUUUUGCCCUUUCAGAGAAGACUUUCCGAGAGUGUUUGCUGUCCAGGUUCUUUUUGUGGCACCUGCUCUGGCUGUCGGUGAUGCAGCUCAGGCACUACCUGUUCAUCGGCACGCUCAACCCCAUGCUGCAGCGGCUGACUGGAGGACAGCCCUCACUGGUGAGCCAGUACACCAACGCCUUUGCCAUCACCCAGCUGUGUGGAGUGCUGUGCGCUCCCUGGAACGGCCUCAUCAUGGACCGACAUAAAGGCAAACCGCGAGCUGCAGGAGAGACGGAGCAGGAAGCUGAUCUGCGGGCGACCGUGCUUUCUUUAUUCCUGACGGCGCUGCAGUGCGUCUUGUUCUCUCUGUGUGCCUCCACCCCUUACCUCCCACUUCAGUACCUCACCUUCAUCCUGCAGGUGCUGAACCGCUCCUUCCUCUACGGCGGCAACGCAGCCUUCAUCAGCGUGGCGUUUCCAUCUUGCCACUUUGGGAAGCUGUACGGUCUGGUCAUGGCUCUGUCUGCAGUGUUUUCUCUGCUGCAGUAUCCCUGCUUUGCUCUGGUGAAAGGACCUCUGGGUGGAGAUCCUUUAUAUGUGAACGUCGGCCUGACGCUGCUCAGCGUGUUAGCCUUCAUACAUCCCGUCUUCGUCUACAUGCAUUGUCGAAAUCUUGCCUCUGAGAGAGCAAAGAGCAAAGCUUCAUCUUAAAGAGUGCAAAACGAGGAUGGUGAUUUCUCUUUAAAGCUUUCCACCAUGGUGGUCGAGUAUCAUUUCUUUUUUUUCUCCGAAGAGUUUUUGCAGCGCUAGUGGCUCGUAUUUUUUCUACAGUAGGCAGACAGGA